AUGCCCACUCACAUCAUCGGCAUCGUGACAAAUUUCAGUUGCAAACACCAGCAUUUAUCCAACAUCAUCCGAAGAAAGUCGAAGGAACAAGGAGAAGAAGUGACAUACGAUGUCGGCCCCAACACGAUUUGGAUUGACGAGAUCGAUGAAUGCCCUGAAUGUCAGCGUAAGCAUCCUGUCAUCAUUCCAAUCGACAUCGCCCCUCUACAAGAUUCUUUGCUCAAUACACCUGUGAAACACAAGGGCAUUGCAAAAGUUGACAAACGUUCUAAGGCUAGCAGAAACAUUGAGACAGACAAACCUCUUUUUGGCAUUGCAACGGGAGCUGAGUCGAGAGAAAACUGGGCUUUGGUUCCAGUAUCGACCUUCAAUAUUGCAGGCAUCACACAGUCCGUGGCUGGAACAUACAUUAAUUUUCGUUGCGGGCAUCACAGAUUCGCCGACGCGAUUGCACCAGGAGAAGGAGAAAACAUCAAAAUCGACGAGUAUGGAUUCGUGUUGGUCGAGUCAGAAGAUGUUUGUCCCAGUUGCGACCCUGAAUCCGACUCCGACGACAAAUCCAAAUUCAGCUUUCAUGGAACAGAACUCAUGAGAUCACCCAGUUUCACCCAAAAAGAUGAUUCUCGGGAAUCGCUGAAAAGCUUUGAGACUUCCGAUGACCAGUGGGAAGAUGAAGAGACAUUGCUGAUCAUGUCCAAGCCGGAAACAUACCAGCCCACGCGACCAGUUGUUGAAACAUACGAGCCCACGCAGUCAAUUGUUGAACAAUCAAGUCAAAGUGACGUUGACCUCAGACGAUCAUUCGACGACCCAGUUCUUCUAGACGAUCGAAUCGACUCCGACCUCUUGGAGAUGCAACGUCUGAACAGAGAAGGGCAAAAUCUCAUUGAAAUGAUGCAAAGCACCACACUUGACCUUUCACCAUCACCGCAGUCUGAGCUACCAAAGAGAAGACAAAGCAAACGGGAAAAGGCCAAGGAAUUCGGUCGGUCAAUCUGGGGAUCACUCAAGAAGAAUUGA